UAAAAAACUAAGUGAAUAAAAUGUUAAUAUUUCUCUAUAAAAAAAUAAUCGGUGUUUAGUGUAAAUGAUUUAUAAUUGAUACCAAAAACAAAAAAUGUCAUCUGUAACACAAAAUUCGGGAAUUCGAACAUCAAGUUCGACCAGUGAAUGUAACAGUAUACAUGAAAUGCUUAAGAACACAAAUACAAAUGAUACGAAUAAUGCAAAUUCUAGUGCAAUUGCAACACCAAUUAAUCAUUCGAUGUCAUUUUCCGGUGGUUUAAAUGAACUAUCCAACACAAAAAUAUCGAAUUCGUUAAAUAAUCGAAGUGGUAGUGAAUCAUCGACAACAGUACUGAAAGCGGGCUCAUCACGUAUUGAAACUAUUAAAAAUUGGUCGAUUUCCACUUAUAAAUGUACGAAACAAUUGAUGUUUGAGAAGUUAGGACGUACCUCUAGAACAAUUGAUUCAGAAUUGGAAACAGAAAUUGAGCAAUUAAGGGAUACCCAACAGAAAUAUAUGAAUAUUUUGCAGCAUUCGCGAGCAUUAACUAGUCAUUUUUAUCAUUUAGUUCAAACACAGCAAGCAUUGGGUGAUGCAUUCUCUGAAUUGGCACAAAAAUCACCAGAAUUACAAGAGGAAUUUCUAUAUAAUUCAGAGACACAACGGAAUUUGACGAAGAAUGGCGAAACAUUAUUAGGCGCAUUAAAUUUUUUUAUAUCAUCAGUGAGCACGCUUUGUAACAAAACAAUAGAAGAUACCUUACAAACAAUACGGCAAUAUGAGUUAGCACGAAUUAAAUACGAUGCAUAUCGUACCGAUCUGGAAUUGAUGAAACAGACGAACGCCUCUGGUUUGGAAGAUGCUCAUCACGAUUUUAAUUUACAUAAAGAACAGUAUGAGCGAUUACGGACAGACGUUUCAAUUAAAUUAAAAUUUUUAGAUGAGAAUCGGAUCAAAGUGAUGCAUAAACAACUGUUAUUGUUCCAUAAUGCGGUAUCCGCAUAUUUUUCUGGUAACCAAACAGCAUUGGAGACAACAUUAAAGCAAUUUAAUAUAAAAAUGAAAACGCCUAAUUCAACAUUCCCUUCUUGGCUUGAGCAGCAAUAGUACUCUAUUAUAAGUAUUUUAUUAUUUUUAUUCUUUCCAAAUUCAUUCCAUACAAAUCUUAUUUUAACAAAAUAACAUCAGUUCUCUCUCAAUCUGAAUGUCUUUAAUGGAUCAAAAUUCUGUCUUACCCAUCUCAUACUGUCCUAAAAUCAUUGUUGUUCUAUACAAAAAAAAAGGUCUCAUUUUCAAUCAGCAAAUUCUGAAAGUCAGAUGCACCGUAAAUUCAGGCAUGGACGUUUAUGGCUCGACAUAGAAGAUUUCAUGUAUAUAUGUCUUUAUAUAAAAAAAUAUGUUCUUGGCAUCGAUCCGUCUCCGGGCUAUACUCCAUGUAACAUUUAAAGCUGUUUAGAAACGAUUGGAGUACUUUG